GACGCCAGGCGUCCCAGUCGUCCGUUCGCCGCACACCAUACGGUCCGGUCCCAUGGUGUGGAACGUGGUCUAGUGGUGGGGCAAUUCUAUGGGGAAGAUUCAGCUUUUAACUCUGGUGCACCUACUGGCGCGGCGCAGUUGCAUUGCGUAGGCCGCACAAGCCUCGAGGUCCUGCAGGCAGAUACUUCAUCAGCGCCUUGAAGCUUGAGGCUGAACAAUCUUCAAAAACUAAUCAGAACUUCAUCACCGCGCAUGGAGAACUAGAGACCAUUUACUUGCUACGUGAUUCCGGUCUAACUGUAGUUGCCAUAAGUGGUCGCGGGAUUGAAAAAUUCUUUCGUCGUGUACGCGACUAUUAGAAAAUUAUUUUCUUUCAAAUUCCCCAAGAGGACACCAACGACAAUGCAUUGGCAGACGAUACUUGGUUGUCUGACACUCGCCGGCAUCUUGGGCUGCGCCUCCGCUGGAAGCUGCGCCGAGGCUAAACUCUGCUGUCCUGGACGGGACUCCGCGUGUGUCGUGCAGAAGACGUCACCUAACGCCAUAAUACAAGUGCUUACCGAUAAGCCGUGUUAUUGCGAUCACGCGUGUCUCAAGCUGGGCGACUGCUGUCACGACUUCAAGGAUGCAUGCGGCGUGCUCGAUUGCGUUGUCUCAGGAUGGGGUCCAUGGUCUGUCUGCGACAGCGAAUGUGGACCUGGUGCUCAAAGCAGAUCAAGGAUGGUCGAGAGAGCUGCCGAAAAUGGUGGGAAGCACUGUCCGCAGUUGGUGCAGCACAGAGGAUGUCAGGGUACCAAGUGUCACCAUAGAAAUCCAAAAUCCGCACUAAAGGAAGUGGCGCUGCUCCUGCCGGCUGAAUUGAGUGGCGUGAGACAUAUUAACGACAGUAAUGACAUCAGGACCAAUUUACGACUUCGGUACAGAAACGAUCCCGAGCACGACGUAUCCAAGGAGUACUGCGUUACCUUCACGGUGACAAAAGCUACCAAGGCCUGUUACAAGGAAGCGAGCCUGUCGGGCUUCACGGAGGGAUCCAGAGUCUGCGUCAAGUGCCAGACACAGGCCUUAAGGCGCGUUUUGGAUUGGCGAUGCGAGGGCGACGGUGGUACCGAAGCCAUGAUCACCAGAUGGAGCAUGCUGUCGUCACCCCACUGUCAUGGAAAAUGGCUGCGAACGAAAAAGACAGGACCGAAUUGUGAUACGUCUCAGUGUCAGCCCCAACCUCACUUCAUUUUCGUCUGAGGGACAGACGGAUCUCAGGCGUGGCGACGGGAAGCUAGAGAAAGUGGCGAAGCGUCGCGGAGCAACGGAAGUGGAAAAUAAUUAACGGAACAAUGGGAUGCCUUUUAUCACGAGAAUUGUAAAUUUUAAAUUUCGUCGCGACGUCGCGCCUAUAAGCGAGCGACGGACGGUAACUUAUAGACAAUUGAGAGAAAGAAAAGAGCAAAACCCGCUAUCACGAUCUCGCGGGCAAAGCAGAAACUUAAGGAAUAUCAAACAUCAAAAUUCUUGGAAAACUGAUUGCCCCGAUACAACGUAAAUUCCGAGACUCGUUUCCUGGUUACUUUCUACACGUAUUACUUGUUUCCUUAUUCCGACGACGAGAAGACUCGACUUCGUUAUUUGUUCGAGGCCUACCGGAAUCCAUCUCCACGUAAGGACUUCCGGUAAGAAAACGACAGUUUGUGUACAGUUGUUCCACCAAGAGACACCCGACGUCACAAAUCGAUCCUCGCCACCUGGAGGAGUCGCGUCGCGACGCUGAAAUUACUGGAGAAAUAUGGAACCUUUUUUUUAUGCCGCCUCCUUCUUUCUCUCUCUCUUCGUUCCAUUUUACUUCUGCGAAAUUAUAUCGCCACUUUUUAUCCUCCUUGUCUUCACUUACGUUUUUUACUUUACUGCGCCGUUUACUCUCGGGCUCGGCAGAUUUCCUGUGUUUCUUGUUAAGUCAUCGAUGAUUCAUUUUUUUUCCCCUUCUUUUAUCCGUUCUUUUCUUUACCUUGCUAUACUCCCUCUACACUUUUCUAUUGGUUGUUUCAAUUACUCAGUGCCGUUCGCUCUUCUCUUCUGUUUACCUUCUCUCUCUCUCUCUCUCUCUCUCUCUCUCUCUCUCUCUCUCUCUCUCUCUUUGAGUCACUUGACAUGUAUUAACCAAUCUCGAGGAGAGCGAACUCCUCGACACCUCUAACGAAGGUCCUUGUGCUUUUAAUUCACGCAACGCCGACGAUCAUCUCUCGAUUCGGUUUCCUUAUUCUCAAUACGAGAGACCGGGAGAGAUCCUUUUCUUUUAUUUACAUAUCUAUAGACACGUGGUACGAGAUUGGGCACAUUGCGUGUAGGCAUUCUGAUAAAAUCAUUAAAGAUUACAAGUUAUCGAUAAUACAUACUAACAUGACAUUGAAUAACUAGCAAUAAGUAUAUUUGUAUGUAAGUUAUUUUAUAAAUUGAGUCCACAUAUCAAAGAUAAUAUUUUAUAGAGAAUAAGUAUAUAAUAAAACAGAUGUGUAGUACGUUCUUA